CCCCGCCCCCUCCCGGGGUCUCUGUGGAGUCGCGGACGCGCCGGCUUUGAGCAUCCCUGGCGGGCCAGGGGGAGGCCUUGGGGCUGCGGCUCCCGCGGCCGCGGCCCCGCCCGCCUUCGACAUGGCCAGCUCCGGAGAGGACACGUCCAACGAGGGCGACGCGCCCCCUGCAGCAGCCACUAUGGCGGUGGGCGCCCACCUUCUCGGCUUCUCGGAUGAGAUCCUCCUGCACAUCCUGAGCCACGUGCCCAGCACAGACCUGGUUCUGAACGUCCGGCGCACCUGCCGGAAGCUUGCAGUUCUGUGCCUGGACAAGAGCCUUACCCACACGGUGCUGCUGCAAAAGGACUAUGAGGCGAGCGAGGACAAGGUGAAGCAGGUGGUGAAGGAGAUCGGCCGCGAGAUCCAGCAGCUCAACAUGGCCGGCUGCUACUGGCUGUCGGGCGCCACCAUCGAGCACGUCGCCCGCUGCCGCGGCCUGGUGAAGGUCAACCUGUCGGGCUGCCACCUGACCUCCGUGCGCCUCUCCAAGAUGCUGUCGGCCCUGCAGCACCUGCGCUCCCUGGCCAUCGACGUGAGCCCCGGCUUCGAUGCCGGCCAGCUGAGCGGCGAGUGCAAGGCCACGCUGAGCCGCGUGCGGGAGCUCAAGCAGACGCUGUACACGCCCUCGUACGGCGUGGUGCCCUGCUGCACCAGCCUCGAGAAGCUGCUGCUCUACUUCGAGAUCCUCGACCGCACGCGGGAGGGCGCCGUCCUGUCGGGCCAGCUCAUGGUGGGCCAGAGCAACGUGCCCCACUACCAGAACCUGCGGGUGUUCUACGCGCGCCUGGCGCCCGGCUACAUCAACCAGGAGGUGGUGCGGCUCUACCUGGCCGUGCUCAGCGACCGCACGCCCGAGAACCUCCACGCCUUCCUCAUCUCCGUGCCCGGCAGCUUCGCGGAGAGCGGGGCCACCAAGAACCUCCUGGACUCCAUGGCCCGCAACGUCGCGCUGGACGCCCUGCAGCUGCCCAAGUCCUGGCUCAACGGCUCGUCCCUCCUCCAGCACAUGAAGUUCAACAACCCAUUCUACUUCAGCUUCAGCCGCUGCGCCCUGUCCGGCGGCCACCUGAUCCAGCGGGUCAUCAACGGCGGGCGGGACCUGCGGAGCCUGGCCAGCCUGAACCUCAGCGGCUGCGUGCACUGCCUGUCCCCGGACUCGCUGCUCCGCAAGGCGGAGGACGAUAUCGACAGCGGCAUCCUGGAGACGCUCGUGGCGUCCUGCCACAACCUGCAGCACCUCAACCUGUCGGCCGCCCACCACCACAGUGCCGACGGCCCGGGCCGCCACCUCUGCCAGCUGCUGGCCCGGCUGCGCCGCCUGCGCUCCCUGUCCCUGCCCGUGUGCUCCGUGGCCGAGGCGGCGCCGCGGGCCGACCGCGCCCCGGCCCAGCCCGCCCCGCACGCCGUGCCCCGCGGCUUCGGCAAGAAGGUGCGCAUCGGCGUGCAGUCGUAUUCCGGCCCCCUCCCGGGGCAGGCGGCCCCCCAGCCCUCCUCCGUGUUCUGGGCUCUGCUGAAGAACGUGCCCUUUCUGGAACGCCUCGAGCUCAUCGGGUCCAGCUUCUCCUCCGCCAUGCCGCGCAACGAGCCCGCCAUCCGCAACUCCCUCCCGCCCUGCAGCCGGGCGCAGAGCGUCGGGGACUCGGAGGUGGCCGCCGUCGGCCAGCUGGCCUUCCUGAGGCACCUGACGCUGGCCCAGCUGCCCGGCAUCCUGACGGGCUCCGGGCUGGUCAGCAUCGGCCUGCAGUGCCAGCAGCUGCAGUCCCUGUCGCUGGCCAACCUGGGCCUGAUGGGGAAGGUGGUCUACACGUCCGCCCUCUCGGACAUGCUGAAGCAUUGCAAGCGGCUGAAGGACCUCAGGCUGGAGCAGCCCUACUUCAGCGCCAACGCCCAGUUCUUCCAGGCGCUGAGCCAGUGCUCCGCGCUGCAGCGCCUCUGCCUGGUGUCCCGCAGCGGCACCCUCCAGCCCGAGGCCGUGCUGGCCUUCAUGGCGCGCUGCCUGCACGUCGUCGUGUGUCACAUGUUCACCGGGGAGUCCCUGGCCACCUGCAAGAGCCUGCAGCAGUCCCUGCUCCGGAGUUUCCAGGCUGAGCGGCCCGCGCUGAAUGUCGUCAUCUUCCCUCUGCUCCACGAGGGCCUGACCAAUGUCAUCCGGGACGUCCCCAUGGUGCACCUGGAUGAGAUCACCUUAUUUAAAAGCAGAGUGGCCGAGGAGCCACCGAACUUGUGGUGGUGACAGGUUCAGCUCGCACUGGCCGAAGCUGCUUCCGUCAGCCAAGCCUCUCGCCUGCCGAUGUCGCCUCUGUCCGUCUCCUGGGCCAGGAAGCGGGACUGCCCCGAGUGGGCGCGUGGCCUCGCCGCUCCUGCCCACCGCCUGCCCCUGCCGGACGCCAGGGCCUUUUGGGUCACAAGACGAAGAAAGCCCCCUCCGCCCAGCCGUCCUGUGCACCCACCACCCCCAGGGCCCCCCCGGGGCUUCCUCUCGCUUUCUCUUGGCCCUCGCUGAAUCGUGGGUUCAGAUCCGUGAGGAGGAUGAGAAGGAAGAACCGGCUGUCGGGGCGACCUGCAGGGCCCCACGUGGGGCACCGGCUCCUGGGGGCCCUGAUGAGGCCCCCAGGGCUGCCCCCACUGCUACUUCAGCCCUCCAGAGUGUCCGUCUGUGCAUGUGUUCCUGGCCACCUGCUGUCAGGCUCUGUGGAGGGGCGGCGGGGGCCCAGUGCUGCGGUGACGGCGCGGGUGCCUGUGAGGGUGACUCGGCUUACCCUGUGACACGACCAUGCUGCCGGUAACCGCGCUCUCCUUCCCUCAGGCCAGCUGGGAGCUCACAGGUUUUGUGGCUGCACGUUUGGGCUUCUUUUUCCCAGUAAGACACGUUUUAACCCAGUAAUGUCCCCAGUAUGUUUCCAGGCAGACAGCGUCAGCCAAGUUCAGGGCCGCUGGCUGGGCAGGGCGCCCCCGGGGCUGGGAUUGCGGGGUACGGCCUGGGGUCUGGCCCACCGUACGGCCGUCAUGACAUUCGGCUUUAAAACCUGCAGCCCCCUUGAAGCCCCGUGUUUCUGGGAAAGUAGAGAUACACCUGACUUCAUUAAAGCAACCUGAAAUAUUAAAAGUUAGGAAGGACAUUUAAGGCCAGAGGAGGGAUCAAAUUACCCCAUUUCAUAUAGCUUUAUUUAGCACUUUAAAAAAUUCAGUGCAGCUAUUCCAAAAGUGGGGAGCGACUGCCCAGCGUCCAGGGCCUCGCUCCCUGUGUGGAGCCCACUGCCUCUGCCUUCUCGACUGCAAGACUCCCCCGGAGCCGUCGGCCCCUCAUCCAGGAGCUUCUGAGGGGCUAUGGUUGGUUUCCUUCUACCCAGAGAGUCCGGCCCCACUGCCCUUGGCGAUGCUCCUGGAGACUUGGGGGGGAUGCCGGGCACCUUCCAGCCCGGGCAGGCCAGUCUGUGGAGGCGGCCUCGUGCUCUGGGCCAGGGGCACAGAACCCACCGGGCCCUGCCCAUGCUGCCGGGGCCCAUCCUGGCUGUCCUCUGCUUUCCGGCCCCCAGCCCGGCCGUCUUCCUGCUUGGUUUCUGUGGUGACGGUCUCCCCCACUCCCCCGUUCUGUGUAGCGUGUCCUACAGUUGAUCUACUAGAAGACCAGGUCCCUGGGCUUUUCAUUCGCCUUUCCUUCCCUGGAUUCGUGAGGGGAAAACGGUUCAGCAGCCUCCGACCCCACCGGGCUGAGGGGCUGGAGGGGGCAGACAGCAGCUGCAGGAAUCAAGCAGGCCUGGGGUCAGGGCCCUGGGAGAAACAGUCUGUCCACAGCCUCUGCCCAUCCCAGCAACUUUGGUUGCUCUCCCCUCCCCUGUCUGAGUGGAUGGGGUCUGCAUGGCUGGUGGUGGUGGGGGGGUGGGGUUUGCACGCCCUUUCCUUGCCCCAGGCUGCAGCUGGCAGUUCUCUGCAGCCUGGCCAGAGGGACUGGUCUGCAGGCUGUCUGCAGGUGAAUGCCCUGCAGCCUUCACCUUGGAGGUCCCGAUGCAGUCUGAGAGCCAUGCCUGGCCUUGCAGGCUGAGGGACAGACCGCCCUGGGCCCCUGAGAGACAGGGCUGAGGUCCCUAGGGGGCCACGUGGCCGUAGAUGAGGGUCCGAGAGUUGGUGGGAGCACCUCCCCUCCCCAGUUUGGGGACAUUUCUUUCAGGCGGUGCCUAGAGACCCCCAGGCAAGCGCGGUCAGUGCAGGCAGUGACUUCUCGUGCUCAGUGCAGGAGUGUGUCUGGUCGAGGCCUCACCGCUAGGGAGGUGUGACCCGGGAGGGAGGUGGCCCAGGGCCCUGGGUGGUCUCCUUCAGAGCAACCUGGGCUCAGGCUGGAGAACGUGCUUUGUCCAGAGGCUGCGAUCGUGUGUUCACGCGCCGGCCUGGACGACCAUUGUCCUGAGCAAGCAGUUUCAACCAGCGGCAUCGCUUACGCCCACCGGCAGGCUGGGAGGGGCCGUUCACCGGAGGCUGGGGCAAGAGCUGCGGUGGAAAACGGCCCCCAAACAGUAGACCUUGUAUCGUUAGCGUCCCCCGUAACCGUUCUACUUAGGGCGAGAAUUUCCGCUGCCUCGACACCCGAGACAGGAUCCACCAGAUGUUAAUAAUGUGCUCGUUCGCGCUAAGUGCCAUUUUGGCAGCAGCGUUAAUUGCAAUUUAUAUUCUGCAGCAUUUUAUGCUGGGAAAAGAACCCACCCUAAUGGUCCCCACUUGGCAGAACUGGGCUGUUAAGUGCGGACCAUAUGCUGCCUGCUGAGAGGGGCCUGGUCAGCACCGGUGGCUGCGUGUGCAUGUGCACACGUGUCCAUCUGUGCGCACACGCGUGAGUGUCGCCUGCCGUGUGCUCGCCUCUGCAUGUGAUCGAGUGUGCGUGUGUGCACGUGUGCGCGUGAGCGUGUGUGGGUGUGAGAGAGAGAGAAAGCGGCCCGGGGACAAGGUGGGAAUGACAAUGAGGGAGGAGAGAUCGGGGCAUUUAUCCCUGUUGAAACAGAAGCCCCCUUGCCCUCCCACGGCCGCUCCUCCCUCCUGGGCCCAGCUCGCCCCUGGACCCGGCGGCUCACUCCUCUCGCUCCUCUCCCGGCCCGGCCGUGCUGCUCCCCGGGUCCUGACUUUGCUGCCACGCCACCAAAGCCCCUGGCCGGAGCGUCUGAAGGUGCUCCAGGGGUGGGGGGGCGGGGGGAGGCAUCCGGAGCGCCAGGAGAGCAGAGGCCCGCAGGCUCCCUUCCCUGCCAUUGGCUUUUCAUUGUCACAUGCGAGUAUUUUCAUUUCCGAGCCCAAGGAGGCUGGACUGGGGACUCUUCACUCUGUCAAAUGACUGGGGGGCAGACCUUAUCCCUGCCUGGCAGCUACCCUUCUGAGGACCCAACAAUUCACGGGUUGGGCCCACGUGUCCACCAGGCUGGAGGGUGUGCUCUGCUCGGGCCGGCGACUGUGGCCCAGGAUGGGACCUGGGUGAUGCCCCAUGCACCUCGGGUGGCUCUGCAAGGCUGGGUGUUGGGGGCACUGCCCCCUCAACCACCUCUGCACGGGGGCCCCCGGCUGUGGGCCAUCGGACGGGAGGACGAACGUGGCGGGUUCUGGCCAGGAGAGCGGGCCCAAGGGAGCGGGGCCGCAGGAGCCGGAGGACCCGGAUGUCUAUGGGCCCACGAGGGUCUGAAACCAGCACGUGCCAUCCUGAUCAUGCCAGCGGCCCUCUCAGAGUCUGCGCCAAGAAGGCAGUGACCCCGCGACCUGUCCCCACCUUGCAGGACGGGGACCCUGCCCUGUGGACCCACCCUCAUGACCUCUGAGUGGCCCUGGGGCAGCGGGCAGCCUCCCGCUUCCUCUCGCCCUUGUUAUUUGCUCCUUGGAGGUUGGAGAAUUGCUGAGACUUUGUAAGAAGAAAUACUAUGACAUGAGAAAUCGGUGAGGCCAACGGUGGGAGAUUUCGGCGGUUUUGGCCAGAAAACCUGAGGCAAUGGAGAUGUGGAAGGAGGACGGGCGCCCCAAGUUCUCGUGGCCUUGGCCUUGAACCUCCUCCCCUGCUUGGGCAGGAGGGGACGGGAUCACGUGGCAGGGGCUCGGUGCCCGUGCGGUGCUCGCCUGUCUUCUCCGCGUCGGGGGCGCAGAAUUCUCACGGGGCACGUAAAUGUCUAAGGUCUCGGAUACAGGCCAGGUGGUGUCACCUGAAUGUCUGCUUUCUGGAACUCUUCCAGAAACCACGGGAGUGUGGGGCGUGGCGUUGACGUCACAGGGUCCUCUCCGGGCCAGCCAGAUGGGGAACGUGGGGGACCCGGGGCUGCUUGUCGCUGUGAGGUCAGGGAGCCAAACUCACCACCUGGGAGGCUCAGUCUGCGCCAGAAGCUGCCAGACCCGACGAGGGAAUAGUUUCCCGUGGAGUCCUGACCGUGUGAACUGGAGGCGUGUCUGCUCUGCUCACUGGAGCGGGUGGGUGGGGGGCCACGUGACACCGUGGCGCAGGUGGGGUCUCCAGCGCUGCCACCAGCCGCCCCUCUGCCGGCCGACCACUGCCUGUCCCCGCGCGGCCGACCCCGAGCCGUUGAGCUCGGCACGUUUCCGAGGGGGUGUGGGGGGAGCUGGCAGGGGGUCUCACGGUAUGUGGUGACCAGGUGCUAAGUGACCAAAUAUGUGUCACCUGCCUUUCCACACAGACCUCCGUAUCUGUCUGGUGAUGCCCACUCCUGAAUUUUGUGUCCAAAUGACAUUUUGAAUGGGUAUUUUCAUGUAAACUUGUGGCAUGUGAAAAGUUUCAAAUAAAGUGGACUUGAUUUCGAAA